UUCGAGAAUCGAUCUUGAGAUGCCAUUCUGGGUCCCAUCGACAUGACUGCACAGUCCCUAUAGCCAGUAUCGCAGUGCAAGCUCAGCCGGGUCACGGUCUCGGCACAGUCAAUUUUUCCGUCAUACUGGGGAGCCCCAGGGAAUUUUCGGAACGUAGCAAGGUAUCGAAUCCAAGAGCUCCCUCACGCAGUGUGCUGCCGCAAACCUUGACGAACUGUCAAUUGACGACAAACGGCCCCCCCCAAACCAUGAUCUGCAGACAGGCUCUGUCGAGGGGCAGCCAGCUGGCUCUCCGCCGCCAGGGAGCUGCGAAGCUUGCGCAGCGCGGAUUCGCGGCCGUUGCAUCGCCCAAGGCCUCGUACGAGCCGACCACCAUCGCCGGCGUCAAGGUCGCCUCCCGAGACGACAAUGGCCCGACCACCCGCCUCGCCGUCGUCGCGAAAGCCGGCACCCGAUACGAGCCUCUCCCAGGCCUGACGGUUGGGCUGGAGGAGUACGCCUUCAAGAGCACACAAAAACGCUCCGCUCUCCGCAUCACUCGCGAGGUCGAGCUGCUCGGCGGCCAAUUGAACGCGUACCACACCCGGGAAGCCCUGGUGAUCCAGGCCAACUUCCUCCGCGAUGAUCUCCCUUACUUCACCGAGCUGCUUGCCGAGGUCGUCUCGCAAACGCGGUAUACCACCCACGAGUACCACGAGGAAGUCGAGCACGUCAUUCACGCGAAGCAGGCCAAGCUCGAUGCUGCCGCCGUCGCCCUCGAUGCCGCCCACGCUGUUGCCUUCCACACCGGUCUCGGCGCGCCUCUUUACCCGACCGCGAGCACGCCCAUUUCGUCGUACUUGAACGAGAAUUCGGUGGCUGCCUUUGCCGAGGCCGCCUACACCAAAGCCAACAUCGCCGUGGUCGCCGACGGUGCCAGCGAGACCGGCCUCUCCAAGUGGAUCGAGCCCUUUUUCAAGGCGGUUCCUACGCAGUCCCAGUCCUCCCUGAGCACGUCAGCGUCCAAGUACUACGGCGGCGAGCAGCGCAUUGCCAGGAUCGCUGGCAACUCGCUGGUCAUCGCCUUCCCCGGUGCCGCCCUGGGCGCCAAUCAACCUGAGAUCGCCGUCCUGGUUGGUCUCCUCGGCGGCGAGUCCACCAUCAAGUGGUCGCCGGGCUUCUCCCUCCUGUCCAACGCGACGGCUGCCGCCCCCGGCGCAACGGCCAAGGCGACCAACUUUGCCUACUCUGACGCCGGUCUCCUCACCAUCCAGAUCAACGGCCCCGCGGCUGCCGUGCGCAAGGCCGCUGAGGAGUCGGUCAAGGCGCUCAAGGCCGUGGCCGAGGGCGGCAUCUCCAAGGAGAACCUGGUCAAAGCCAUCGCUAAGUCCAAGUUCAACCUGCUUUCGGGCAGCGAGGUCAGCGGCACCGGGCUCGUGCACGCCGGCGCCAACCUGAUCCACGGCGGCCAGCCGCUGCAGGUUGCCGAGACGGUCAAGGCGCUGGAGGGCGUGAAUGCCGACAAGCUCAAGGCUGCGGCCAAGACACUAUUAGGGGGCAAGGCGUCGGUGGCGGCGGUUGGUGACCUGCACGUAUUGCCGUUUGCUGAGGAACUUGGGCUCAAGAUAUAGACGGUUGGGAGGAAGAUGGGGGGUUGUUUUUCUAGUAGAACUAGGGGAAGGAAAGGGGGGAAAGUGAGGAACGUGUACCAACAGCCCUCCGCUUGUCGUAGACUUUGCGGCUCGUCCACCACCCACAUUUGUGCAUAUAGUGAUUCUAGAACCUAACUCGCUUUUCUAUGUCUGUGACCAAGCGUGGUGGGGUUUGAAGGGGGCCUGGACGGGGUGUUGUGUGAGUUGGGUGAGCUGAGGUAGUCAUAGCUGGGUUGUGGUUGGCUAUGCUGAGGUCUAUCACUAAAACUGAUAACCUGU